AUGUGGAAGUUGGUAGUGCUAUUAUUUUGCUGUUUAGCAAUUGUCUUGGGCGAUGAUUCGCGCGUUGUGAGUACAGCGCAAGGACCAGUGCGCGGCCGUCUGCUCCCCAGUGGAGGGGUCUACGGAUUCUACAAUAUUCCAUAUGCAUCUGCCCCCACAGGAGCUGACAGAUAUAAGGCACCCCGUCCUCCACCAACAUGGCUAACAAUAUUUGAAGCUGAAGAUCGCAAGAUUAUAUGUCCGCAACACUUUGUCACUCAAACUAUGAAUGUCCAGGAAGACUGUCUGGUGGUCAACGUGUUUAUUCCCGAUUCAGACGAAACUAAUUUACCUGUACAUGUCUAUGUGCACGGUGGAGCUUAUCAAUUUGGUUUUGGUUUACAGGAAAAGUUUACUGAGUUAGUAAAAAGUAAAAAAAUAAUUUCAGUAUCUUUUAACUACAGAUUAGGGGUGCACGGCUUCCUGUGCCUUGGUACUGAAGCUGCCCCUGGUAAUGCAGGAUUGAAGGAUAUGGUAGCACUCCUACGUUGGGUAAACACAAACAUUGCUAGUUUUGGAGGUAAUCCUGAUGAUGUAACUUUAUCUUCAUGUAGUGCAGGAUCUGGUUCGUUGGAUUUCCUCACUGUUUCUAGCCUUACGGAAGGUCUUUUUAAAAAAGUUAUACAGGAGAGCGGUACUGUUAUCGGUGCUGUUGGAACACAAGUUGAUCCUAUCCAAAAUGCUAAGAACUACGCCACGGUACUAAACUUUGACAAUGUCAACGAUUUGAAUAGUUUAGAAGAAUUCUAUAAGAGUGUUACCAUUCAGCAAUUAAUUUCAAGAACUGAUGCCAUACUAAAUAAUGAAGGAGUUACUUCACGAUUUGGACCUUGUGUAGAACGAGACUUAGGACAAGAAAUAUUUAUAUCAGAUACUCCCAUGAAUAUAUUGUCUCGAGGGAACUAUACUAAGGUGCCUCGGAUGUAUGGAUUCACUACCAUGGAUGGUUCAGUGAGGUUGGGUGUUUUUGACAUUUGGAAAGAAAUGAUGAAUGAAAAGUUUUCAGAUUUUUUACCAUCAGAAUUUCAUUUUGACAAUGAAGAAGUUAAAGAGCAAGUUGCCCAGAAGGUGAAACAAUUUUAUUUCGGGGAUAGUCCUGUGGGCGAACAUAAUUUUGUAUCGUACCUUAAUUAUAAUACUGAUGUAUUGUUUGCCUUCCCAAUGUUAAGAACCCUUUCAACUCGUGUGGAAGCACUUGGAGAUCCGAUUUAUUUAUUUGAAUACUCUUUUGUUGACGAAAAUUCUCCAGGUUUCCCGCAAACUGAUGAAAUUGGUGCGAGACAUUGUUCUCAAGAAAUGAUUGUCGCAGAUGGAGAUGUAACUGCUGCUACAAACGAAUAUAAGCGAAUGCAAGAAAUUAUGAGAGAUUAUUGGAUGAACUUCAUUUACAAUGGUGACCCAAGUUUGCCAACGUGGACGCCUGCGAAUGCUCAAAGGUCUCCUCACAUGUCUUUGGGUCGACAGAUAGUGCUGCGGGAUUCCAGUCCCAUACCGGAAAGAGCAGCUUUCUGGGAUGAACUCUUCGAUGAAUAUUUCCGAGGUCCCAUUGUAGACAUGGAUCCCGUUCCUCCUACUCCUACUCCUGCUCCUGGCGCUGCCUCUUCAUUAGUUAUGUCAAACAUCAUUUUCGUGUCUCUAUUGUUAUCUUUUUAUUUUACUUUGUACUUGAAUUAA